AAGCCAUAAUGAUAAAUUAAUAAAGGUCUUUCUUAAAUAAAAAAAAAACUUAUAUCCCUCAUAACGCGUCGCUUGUCAGGACAACAAAGUGUCCUGAGAUAACGCUGCUGCAUGGAGAUAAUGUUGCUGGCGUCUUUAAGGCUACCCCUCGCUUUAAAUAAUGCAUGCCCGUUAACACCUGUUAAGUAAUAUAAAUAGGAGCAGUCUCACAAUCAGAUACACAUCGAAGGUCACGACGUAGUUAUACGAAGUUAUAAGAAACUCCGAUAAUGAAAGUUUAAUGCUCAGCGUCGCUCGGCACAGCCGAGUAAAUCAUGUUCCCGAUAAGUGAAGAUAAUUGAUUUAAAUCAAUGAUUUCCGUUGAUAUUUCUUGUGUUUCACCUAUAUCUCAAAGCGAUAGCCAAUCUUAUCUUAUCCAGAAGUAACAAGGGAAUAUCUAACAAGAGAACCUCGCAAACAUAAAAAUUCUAACUUUGAUGAAAUUUUACACACAUGUAAAGAGAGGGGGUGGGGGGUAAGUAGACGAAGUUAGACCUUUUAAUUGUAGUCUAAGGGAACCCAUUUCUCAUAUAGAGCUUUUUUCUUUACUAGAUAUAUCUAUCUCAAAAAGUAUUCAAAAUAUCAGAAAAGUUUCAUAGCAAAAACUUCUUUAUUUAACCACAUUAAUAAUUUUUUAAUGCACCGAAUGUUAGGCCUGUUCUUUUCAACUGAACUUCUUUGUACAGUUCAUCUUUUCCCUUUUUCUCUCCAACGUGAAAAGAAAAGGAGGAAAGAUGAACCGUGCAAGAAGUUCAGCUAAAAAAAAACAGGCCUAGUCUUCUAUAUUACUAACAAGUUGUAAGUUAAGCAUUUCUGUGAAGUCAGGAUUUUGCAUUUUUAUUACACGUUCAUCAGCGUGCUACAUUUUCAUGCGUGCGGAACGAUCUCGCUUAUUUCUCUUGUCCUAUGAUCCUGAAGGAAAACAGAACAGCUACCAGCUCGCACAGUCAUUGAUGUAGCAAGGACGACGGCGAAUCGGAGGUGCGUUAGCGCGCUCCGAUUUUCAGAUUUCCUGCGAGAGACGGAGUCGCGAAACGGAGUCGGCGAAGUCGGCCAAAGACAGGAGAAACCUGAGCGCGUGUACGAGCGCAUGUGGCACGUGUACAUAGCUCUUUCUUUAGUAUGCGUGCCCCCUUCCGCUCGUCUUACGAGCAAGCCACGGUGCCCGUGGCCCCCCUCGAGUCUCGCGACCCGAAUCUGACAUCUCUGGUGGGGAGGGGAUCCGGCAGGAGCUGAAGGAAGAAUAUUGAUCGAGGGUAGGCAUGCGCCCGAGCCGCGUUAUCUUCCUCGUCCCACCCAGCGUCGGCAGCGGAGCACCAAGCCCAAGGUAGGCGACAAUGGAACAUGCGUCGCGUUGGUCAGUACUCUGAGGUCCACGUCGCCGUGGCGAUUAAGGAUAACGCGCGCUCGGUGCGCCUAGGUCGAGGAAGAAGAUUCUGGUCGAUCGGUCGGUGCUCCAAGCUCCAAGGGCGUGUCGAUUAAAAAGUCAGUCGUUCCCUCCACCCACACUGGGGCAUCGAACUAUGGCCCGCUCCGAAUCGGCGCAGAAUCUGCAGCAGCGGCGGCGGACGUAGCCGGGAAGAGGCAGCGGCACGUAACGAGGAGGGCUCAUUCAGCGACGGUGAUUUCACGGUGGCGAGCACACACGGACGCCCGCCGUUAAUAUAUCAACGCGUGUUACGCGUGUGCGUGCGUGCACAUUACGCGUGUGUACGUGCGGUAAUUAAGACACGUAAUACCGUCCGCCGCGGUAACGGUGGGGCGCAUCGUCAUUCGGCGGAGCACAUGCCUCGUUAACGCCGUCCGAGGCCAGGCAGUUGCGCGCCGAGCGAGAGGAUCACCGGGAGAGCAUCGCCGAGCCGCGUCGGCGGGAUAUCGGCGAAGAGAGAUAGGAGAAAGCUGAGAGCUGCUGAGGAACGAGCCAGAAGGAGUCAUGAGCGACCUGGACGACGAGACCGAUACUUCCUGCGGGGAGGAGCAAAUUGUCUCGGAUUGGGAGGUCCGGAAGGAGUGGCUCGAAAGCAUUCUGUCCAAACACUACAACGGGAGAGCGGUCGAAGUCGUGGAGUUUAACGUAAAUCCCGGAUACGCGACGAGCGAGAGUGUGCUGAGCGCUAUCACCAGCGUUACGGUACACUAUUUAGCAGCAGUUACGUCGAGUAAGCCGAGGGAUAAGUGCAAAAGGACUCUUAUCGUAAAGCAACUCCCCAAGGAUCCGUUUAGCCGCUUUUUCGUUACGGAGGGCCAAUUCGAUCUCCGAGAGAUUAAGUUUUACACACAGGUAAUGCCGGAUUUGAAGGAAUUCAAUAAAAGACAGCUAGCGACGUCGCACGAAAGAAUUAUCCUACCGGUUCCGGCUUGCUAUCAUGCUCAUUACAGCCCUGCAGGCGGAACUGACGACAGCCCAGUACCGCCCGAAUCGAUGCUAGUAUUGGAAGACCUGAGCGACGACGGUUUCCAGAGCGUUAAGUUCUCGGAAGGAUUAACACUAAACGAAGCGAUGGCAGCGUUAGACGCCAUCGCCCGCAUACACGCCCAUUCCCUGUCGAUGAAGGUCGUAGACGGGCAAUCUCUUUCCGAGCGUUAUCCGUUUCUGUUCCAAACGGCAAAAGCAACGGAUUCGUACCAGCAAUUGGUGGAGCGCGGUUUACCACAGCUGGCGCACUUCCUGGAGAGUAGACCAGGAUUGGAGGCGGUCCUCGAGACUCUACUAGUUCUACGACCUCGCACUAAAGACAUCAUUUCGGCUCUCCUCGCUCCGGAGGGCCCGCUGGCGUUGAUAACUCACACCGACUUCUGGAGCAAUAAUUUGCUUUUCCGCGAGGAUCAUAGCGAAACCACGUGCUACAUUCUCGACUGGCAAAUGGUCACUUACAGUCGGCCAACGAACGAUGUUGCAUUGUUAUUGGUGAGUUCAGUGCCCACCGAGUUACGGCGCAAGCACACUAAAACGCUUUUGAACAAGUAUUGGGACAGGCUGAACUGGACGUGCUCGAGUCUUGGCCUAGACAUUCCCAAGGAUUUAGGUUACACCAGAAAUGAUCUCGACAAGGACUACAGGAAGUCCCAACUGCUGGCGCUUUUGCUUUGCAUCGGAUCGGUGGACGUCGCACUCGGUGAUCCCCUCACGGAGCAACGACUGAUCGACGUCCUCGAAGAUCUAUAUAACGAUGGCGUACUGACGGACGAAGCCGUCGUCGCGACGAACGAAGCCGAGUCUUAAUCACCGCUGCCACGGUUAGCAUAUACACCAAAGAAUUAAUAUUUCUGUCAGGGCUGUGACUCUAAACGAAGAGUUUCACAUGAAGCAAUAGAUAGCCCGUUUGUAGUUUAAAGACACAAUCUUUGUGUUCCCAAUCCAAAGGAGGCUUAAGUCAGUAAUAACAUGCCGACACCGAAGAAGAUAACUGUAAAGAAGCACGAUUCACGUCGGAAGAAUACGGAUGGUGGACGUUAAAAACUUGCGCUAUUCGUCUCUUUGCGACGAGAUACUAAGAUGAGCGGGACAAAAUGGAUCGAGAUCGAUAUACUUAGACACAAUAGAUGUCUCAGUUAUAUAUUAAUGUAAGCUUUGAGAACCUAUCGGCCAUUACUCCUUAAAAGUUACAAUAUUUUAAUGACUAUUCACGCAAGACUCGCUUGCAACUUGAUGAAAGUCUCAAAAAGUAAGAUAAAAGCAGAAGCAAAUUGUUUAGGAGAAGCUGCGUAAUAAAAGUAUUGAUUUACAAACGUAGGUUUCUCCAAUGUGUGGUUUUAUCAAUUCGGUUUUCUGCUCAGAUACAAAUUGCUAAUGGACGUCUUUAAUGCGCUGUGCCAAGUCGUUAAAGUCGUUAAAGAUUUAGGCAAGUAGUUGUGAUACAAUUAUUAAGACGGAAUCAACUAGAUCCAUGAUUAACGAUAUAGGACAUGUAUCAAAGUUAUAGAGUAUUUUCGAGAUAUACAUGAAACAUAAAACAAUUACGUUCCAUUUGCCUGAAUACGUCCCGUGAUAAACUUCUUCCGAUAAUUAUUCCAGCGAGCGCGCUGUUUUGUUAACGCUAUAUACAAUUAUUGUACUAUCCAUUUUCUCUGUAUAAACUAUAUGGAUAAAAUAUACUUCGAUGUUAUCACGAAUAGUAAACAAAGUUCCUGCCAUUGAUACAGA